UGAAGGGGAAAGAAGCACAUCUGCAGUGAAAAGAAGCAGAGUUCAUGGACAGCAGGAUGGUGGCCUGUGGAACUCAGAUGUUGCUGUGCCUUCUAGCUACGGUUGUCCUGCCAUCUGAGUGGCUUUUGCUGGGAGUUGUUGCUCAAACAACAGCAGGGCCUCUGGAAUCACCCACAGAUCCAGACAAUGACUUGGUUGAUAGUGGUCCAACAACAUAUCCUGAAUGCCGUGAAGAGCAGUUUCCUUGCACACGUCUAUACUCUGUUCACAAGCCUGUGAAGCAGUGCAUCAGUUAUUUGUGUGUCACAAGUGUCCGUCGGGCAUACAUAAUAAACAAGGAGAUCUGCUCUCGUAUUGUUUGCAAAGAAGAUGAAGCCAUGCAAGAGGAGAUUUGCCGCCAGCUGGCUGGCCUGCCACCACGCCGCCUACGCCGUUCUAAUGAACCUCGAGGACCAUCUUGUCGACAAGCAAAGGGCCAAUCUCAGAACACGCUUGAUUCUCAAGUGAUCAGGAAGCUGUAGGAAUGAGAUGAACAAAGAAGAACUGAGAUCAUACUGGAAACCCAUUCCAAACUUACCUUUUCACACACAAUUCCUGUCUCAAAGGGUGCUUCACUAGCAUAGGGACCUUUCAUAUCAAUAGGUCAUCUUUGAGAUGUUAGUACUUAGACCCUCCUGUGCACCUGCUUCUAGGUUAUUUUAACCUUGGACUCCUUAUAUAAGUCCUACCCAAAACCCACCUUAAAAUACAAAUACAAAAUACUUGUUUUUUUCAGUGACUUCCCACCCAGUUUAGAACUAGCUUGUCUACAGAAAAUUGCAGAUAAAUUAAUAUAAUUUGUAUGGAUGAUGCACUUAUACUCUAUUCUUUAUAGGGUUUGUUUGUUACUCUGAAAAAUUAAGGAUAAUAACCAUAUAUUGAAUUUACCACUUGUAUAUCUUAUAUACCUACUUGAAGAGGAGACACUGAAACUAUAGAAUCAUAGAAAGUAAGGAUCCAUAUAGACCAGGGAUGUCAAACUUCAAGGCCCGGGGGCCAGAUCCAGCCCAAAAGGUGCUUAGAUCUGGCCCACGGGGCUGCCCUGGAAACAGUAAAGGACUGGUCCAUGGUGCCUCUGCAAGUGAAAAUGGAGCUCACAAGGGCUGCCCAUGGCUCUCCUGAGCUCCAUUUCCACUGGCAGAGGGUAGCAGGAGUCCGUUGCAGCUGAAAAUGGAGCUCAAAAGCCCAUUUUCUCUGGUAGAGUCCUCGGGCCACCACAUAUGCCCCUUACACAAGUGAUGUUGAGCUGGCCACACCCACCCUGGUCAUGCCUACUCUGGCCCCCCAAGGUCAAACACAACCCUGAUGCAGCCCUCAAUGAAAUUGAGUUUGACACCCCAAUAUAGACCACCUAGUACAGGCAUCCACUACUAUAGCAUCCCUGAUAUAAACACUCUGUAUAAACACUUCCAUUAAGAAGAAAUUACUAUUUCCUGAGGCCAUUUGAUCUACUCACUUCUAGGAUAUUUUGUCUUAACAUCCAAUCAGAAGCUACUUCAUUUAUCUAACUAUUUUUAGUUCUGUAUUUUGGAUCAACUUUGAAAAGAUUCUACAUAACAGCAGUCAUUCAGAUGUUUGAACAGCUACCAUGUCUGUCUAAUCUUCUCCAAGUGAAAUAUAUCAGACACUUUCAACUACUUCUUGUAAAGUUUUCCUCCAGGCCCUAAUUCAUCUGAUUGUUCUCCUCUAGACUUGCCAGUGUGACUGUCAGUGUGAGAGUAAGUGUGAUUGUCUUUCCUAAGACAUACCGGUAGUACCCAGAACAGGAUGCAACAUUUUGUAUAAAAUCUGAAAGAAAGAACUUU